AUGGCGCCUGUCAUCCUCGCCAUGGACGUGCACUGCGACAGCUGCGCCAAGAAGAUCCGGAAAGCCAUCAUGAAGGUGCCUGGGGCGGAGAGCGUGACCGCGUCCUACGAGACCGGGCUCGUGGUGGUCGAGGGCACGGCCGACGCGGCGGCGGUCAUGGCGCGCCUCCGAGCCAAGACGAAGAAGGCCGCCAGGGUCGUCAGCGACGCUGGGCCAGCUGACCCUCCAGCUCCGGCGCCGCCCAUCUUCCUGGAGAUGGACCUCCACUGCAGGUCCUGCGCCGAGAAGGUCGAGCAGCGCGUCAUGGAGAUCCCAGAUUGUUCACCUUUCUCAUCUGCUUGGAACCUAACGCCGCACGUCCUGUGCGCGCGCGUUCGACGUCCGUGCGUGCGUACAGGCGUGGACGCGGUCACGACGGACGUGCCGGGGCGCCGGGUGGAGGUAACCGGGACGGUGGACGCCUCGGCGGUGGCGACGAGCCUCGAGGUCACGACGAGGAGGCCCGUCAGGGUCGUCAGCGACCCCCGGAGCGCGGGAGACGUGCCGGAAGGGUAUGACCACGAGCAGCGGAAGGCGGCCGCGGCGCGAGCGGCGGCGGAGCAGAUCACGCAGGAGAUGUACGGGGCGACUGCGCACGCGGAGCCGCAGGAGGCGACGGCGGCCGACGACGCCAGCAACCACUCGACGGUGCCGCCGUCAGCGGCGCGUCCAGCCGGUGGGCGCCGGCGGGGACGACGCGCCUCUCAGCGAGCUCCAUCUCCACCCGUCCAGCAACCGCCAAGCAGUGGCAUGCCUCCGUCUCCGCCCGCGUCGUCGUCGUACGGUGCCCCUCCGCCGGAGGCCGGCUGCUACCACUACCCGGCACAACCGGAGGGUGUUUACGGCGACCAACACUGGGCGGCGCCCGCCCCACCGUCGGGGGACUUCUAUAUGCCUCAAGGAGGUGAAUGUUACGGACAGCAGUGGCCGAAGUACGCACCGCCGGCGGGCGCCUUCUAUCCGCAUCAAGGAGGAGAAUGUUUCGGACAGCAGUGGCCGGCGUACCCACCGCCGGAGCCCGAGCCGGAGGGCUACUACCCAUACGGCCGCCAGCCGGAGGGCUACUAUCCAUACGGCGGCCAGCCGGACGAGAAUCCUGGCGGUUGCUCCAUCCAGUGA